AGCGGGGUGGUGGGGUUGCACUGCGGUAAUAUGGCUCUUCCUUAGCCAGCGGCGGUGGCGGCCGGAGGUUAGGUAGAACACUCCUGCCUCUCGGGUGGCGGGUUUCUCUGCUGCAGGGACUCGGCGGGUCGAGGAUAGGCGGUGGUGGCGGAUGCCGGAGGAACGCGGGCCCCGCCGCUUGGCGGCCCCUGGGUCAAGAUGAGCGCCUCGGCGUCGGUCGGGGGCCCGGUCCCCCCGCCGCCCCCGGGCCCGGUCGCUUCGCUGCCACCCAGUUCUGCCGCGCGGGCCCUGCAUGUGGAGCUGCCCUCUCAGCAGCGACGUCUCAGACACCUUCGGAACAUUGCUGCCCGGAACAUUGUUCAUAGAAAUGGCCAUCAGCUCCUUGAUACCUACUUCACGCUUCACUUGUGUAAUACUGAAAAGAUAUAUAAAGAAUUUUAUAGGAGUGAAGUGAUUAAGAAUUCCUUGAAUCCAACAUGGCGGAGUCUUGAUUUUGGAAUAAUGCCUGACCGUCUUGAUACAUCUGUGUCUUGUUUUGUGGUGAAGAUAUGGGGUGGAAAGGAGAACAUCUACCAGCUUUUGAUUGAAUGGAAAGUCUAUUUGGAUGGGCUGAAAUACUUGGGUCAGCAGAUUCAUGCCCGCAACCAAAAUGAAAUAAUUUUUGGGCUGAAUGAUGGCUACUAUGGUGCUCCAUUUGAACAUAAGGGUUAUUCAAAUGCUCAGAAGAAUAUUCUUCUUCAGGUGGAUCAGAACUGUGUUCGCAAUUCCUAUGAUGUCUUCUCUUUGCUGCGGCUUCAUAGAGCCCAGUGUGCAAUUAAACAGACUCAGGUAACUGUUCAGAAAAUUGGAAAGGAAAUUGAAGAAAAGCUAAGGCUCACAUCUACAAGCAAUGAACUGAGAAAACAAAGUGAGUGCUUGCAAUUAAAAAUUUUGGUGCUUCGAAAUGAACUGGAAAGACAGAAGAAAGCUUUGGGACGGGAGGUGGCAUUACUGCAUAAGCAACAAAUUGCAUUACAGGACAAAGGAAGUGCGUUUUCAGCUGAGCACCUCAAGCUUCAACUCCAGAAGGAAUCCCUGAAUGAAUUAAGGAAGGAGUGUACUGCGAAAAGGGAACUCUUUCUGAAGACGAAUGCUCAGUUGACAAUUCGUUGCAGGCAAUUACUAUCUGAACUUUCCUACAUUUAUCCUAUUGAUUUGAAUGAGCAUAAGGAUUACUUUGUAUGUGGUGUCAAGUUGCCCAAUUCUGAGGACUUCCAAGCAAAAGAUGAUGGAAGCAUUGCUGUUGCCCUUGGUUACACAGCACAUUUGGUCUCCAUGAUUUCCUUUUUCUUACAAGUGCCCCUAAGAUAUCCUAUAAUUCAUAAGGGAUCUAGAUCAACAAUCAAAGAUAAUAUCAAUGAUAAGCUGACUGAAAAGGAGAGAGAGUUUCCAUUAUAUCCAAAAGGAGGGGAGAAGUUACAAUUUGAUUAUGGUGUCUAUCUUCUGAACAAAAAUAUAGCACAGCUAAGAUAUCAACAUGGACUAGGGACUCCAGACUUGAGGCAAACCCUCCCUAACCUGAAAAACUUCAUGGAACAUGGACUAAUGGUCAGGUGCGACAGACACCACACCUCCAGUGCCAUCCCUGUUCCAAAGAGACAAAGCUCCAUAUUUGGAGGUGCAGACGUAGGCUUCUCUGGGGGGAUCCCGUCCCCAGACAAAGGACACCGAAAACGGGCCAGCUCAGAGAAUGAGAGACUCCAGUACCAAACCCCUCCUCCCAGUUACAACUCAGCGCUCACCCAGCCUGUUCCCGCCAUCCCUUCCGCAGGAGAAUCUGAGAGAAAGACAACAUCCCUGUCCUCCUCCUUGGAUACCUCCUUGGACUUCUCCAAAGAAAACAAGAAAAAAGGAGUUGAUUUGGGUGACAGAUUCAGCGGCAGUCACAUGGGCAUGAGCACCAGCCAAGAACAAGAAGAAGCCCUCUCCGGGCACGCAUCCACGGUCAACGGCACUCUGCUGCCCGGUGAGCAGGCUGGCUCCUCCAGCGUCCGCCUCCCGGGGGAGUACCACCCAGGGUCCGAGCCUGAGCUCUGCUGUACUGUGGAGCAGGCGGAGGAGAUCAUCGGGAUGGAAGCCACGGGUUUCACCUCCGGCGAUCAGCUGGAAGCCUUUAACUGCAUCCCGGUGGAUAGUGCCGUGGCAGUGGAGUGUGAUGAACAAGUUCUGGGAGAAUUUGAAGAGUUCUCCCGAAGGAUCUAUGCACUGAAUGAGAACGUGUCCAGCUUCCGCCGGCCACGCAGGAGUUCUGAUAAGUGAAGUGAGCAGAUGGCCGGUAGGACCAGGACAGAGGCACUGCCUGAAAGGAGGAGAAAGCUGCACUGGUUACCCCCUGGAAUAAUUAUGACAUAAAAUGAGUAUUAAUGGAGGAUAUUCCUCAGCAAAACAGACUUUGUCAGUCAAGGAGGGACUCAGGAUCAUUGUGUAUCAGUGGGCCAGACAAAGUUAGAUUCUGCUUGCAAGAUUUGCUUUCCAGGCCUGACGAUUGUUUUAGGGCAAAAGUCACACUCUAGCUCGAGUCACCUUAUA